GCUGCGCCUCCCGCCGCUGCUACCGCGAGAGGCGGCACAAGAUGAUGAACCUGUGCGCGCUCAAGCUGGCGCGCUUCCGCCAGACGGCGGACCCCUCGCUGCGGCGCUCGGUGCUCGUGUGCAACACGCUGCGCGGCAUCGAGCGCGAGAUGGAGCGCGAGAGCGCCGAGGAGGCGCCCUUCGAGGCGGCGUGCGGCGCCGGCGCCGGCGUGGCGCGCUGCGAGCUGCUGGGCGCGCGCGACCCGGCCGCCGGCCGCGCCACCCCCUUCCCCGCGCCGCCGCCGCCGGACCGCGACUCGGGCUACGGCGACGAGGAGCAGCGCACCAUCGACUGGGGCUCGGUGCUGAGCCUGUCGUCGCGGUCGGCGCUGGACCCGCCCGAGGACGCGUGGCCCGACGACUGGGGCUGGAGCGAGGACAGCUUCGUGCGGCUGCUGGUGCCCACGAGUUAGUGCACGGCGCGCGGGCAGGAGUGGCCCGCGCCCCCGUGAGCGCCUGUGAUACGCCGGCUGCGGCGGCGCGGUGACAGGAGCCGGCGCCGCGGCCUUCUAGUCGGGGGCGCCGCGCCGCCCGGCGCCCGGCUCCUCACAGCGACGCCGAGGCGACGCGACGCAUUCAAGCAGUCAGUAGUUAGUAUUAUAUAAUUGCUAAAGGGAAGGUGCUAGCUUCGGACGUGACGCAGGACUAUGACGCGAGCCGAGUUAUUUUUGAUAGUUUUAUUUUCUUUAAGUGAAUUAUGAACCGGACCUGAAGUGACUUAGCUAAUGACGUUAUUAUCGUUUAAAUUAAAGCUCGGGUGUUUGAAAUUUUUGUUGAAAUUAUUGUGUAAUUAAUUAAUUAGGUAAAAUGCUAUAUUUAUUAUUUCGUUGAAAGGAAACGUGAUAGUUUGAAAUUAUUUCUGUCUUGAUAUUUUCAAUGUAAUCUGAACAACGAGAUGACUAUGAUUGGGUUAUGUUUUAUUGACUGAAAUCCCUUUCGUAGAAGUGUGAUCUUUGUAUAAUUUAAUGAACUAGGUACCUCUUCUGUUUAAGUCACUAAUGUUAUUUCCGUUAACGAGUUAUGAUCAAUAAUGAUGACGAGUAAAGAGCACACCUCUCACGAAUCCGAUUUCUGAAGUACGCAGACGAACAUGUGUGGACAUGUGCCGUGCCGGGCCGGCGCAGGGCCGGGCCGGGCGCGCACGAGCCGUCUCCUAGUACUUAAGCGAUGAACUUUCAAUAGUUACUGGCAGCGUGCAGUGGCAGCAUGUAACUGGAUGUCAAUUAUGUAGCCUUACCAGCUGGGACUAUGAAAGUGUCAUGUGUAUCAGCAGGACCAUGCAUUUGAAUAAUUGGAAUUUGUAUCGCCUGACUGAGCGCCGCCGAGGCUGUACUUAACUACCCUCCUGCAACGGAAUUGCAUACCUAACGUAAAGCUACGCUCCUCGCUCGGAUGCCUCCCGUUGAACGCUUUUACUCACACCUAGUUGUUAAGAACUUUUAUUUAGGCAUACGACUAAUCUUAAAUUCUCAUCGAAUAAUUUAUUUCCUAACUAACCGUGAAUCGCAGUUCCUAAUAAGUAAUAAAACUAUUAGUGAAAACGGUAAUUUAUUUGCAGCGUUAAUUCUAGUUUUUUACUGAAAAGUUCGUCGGGAGGCAUCCGACUCUACCCUUUCAUUCGCAUCGUGAUCCAAAAAUAUGUAUCAAAAAUUGCAUUGAGAUUUGAGACAUCGAAUAACCUAUUGUAGAAAUUGUGAACAAUAGUUGCAACCGGUGUUACAUGGGAGAGUUUAACUGGCCACCGCUCAUGGCGAGCUUUUGUAUUUAAAUAUUGGACAUGGCAAUGAUAAGUUCUCUCAUUAGUAACACCGGGUUGUGAGCAACGCGCGUGAAAUGGCACGUAAUGAAUUUGGUGUCAUCGGGAUUUGUGGCCGGCGCCUUUGUGAUAUGUCCAUUUCGUUCGUACAUUACGGACGAUGGACUCUAGUUUCAUUAGCGAUCGGCAAUUAGCGGCGCCGGCGACUCCCGCGGACGGCGCGGCACUGCAUGGACCAAACAUACCUAGCACGACUUUUAAUAGCAAAGUACAAAUUUCAAUAAAGUAGGAUGCAUUAGUGCUCCGGCGCAUGUUUGUCCACCGUUGUCAAUUACUCAAAUAUUUGAAUUGUGAUUCGGUAGCUAAUGAGAGAAAACUCUAUGUUCUUAAAUUUAGUGUACAUAUUAUAUACGGAGAUGGGCAUUAUGGCGCGGACCCCGCGGCCGUUGUAAAUACAUAUUGUAAAGUAAUAAUUAUAUUGAUAUGAAUGUCGCCGGCGGGCGGCCCGUCGCACCCCGUGUUGUAUCAUACAACCUCUAUUCUGUCCAUAAAUUCAACAAGUACAUAACGGUUUACAAGUUACAUAAUAAUGCAUUUUAAUAUAAGAUGUCACAAAAUCUAUUGCCAGUACAGUUUAUUAAGAUACACGAACAACUUUAGUCAUAUUUGAGUUGUAAACUCGCGCACUGGAUAACUGAAUUCAGCUCAAUCUAUUUUAUUUUACGGUUUAAUUUUGCGUAGAUGUUUUUGUUGAACAUGUCCGUAUGGUUGGUUGUGAUGGUUUACUUAAGUAAGUUAGCGACUCUUCGGCAAACUGCUCUGUUUGACGUAUACCUACUUACAUAUUUACUAUACAUUUGUACUAACGAUUUUGAGUCGUUUUGUGUCCAGCUUCUGUCGCAUGGCUGCGCAAGCGCCAGGUUCUGUUUAUUUGGAGGUACUUAAUGUAUUUAAUUAGUUAAGCUAUCUUUUUUACUCAACCAAAUAUAUUUUCUUACUGUAUUUUAAUGACUGCGCGGCCGUGCGACAGGAGAGGGCUCUCCGAUGCUUGCAAUUAUGUACAAACUAUCAGCUCCCUCAUCCUGUCAUUUUCAUCUUUUUGUAAAUUGUCUUCAAAAUCUAUGCUCAACACGAAUUGUAAUGUUUCUUACCGUUUGUUUCGGUGUAAAAUUGUAUAGAGUUAAGUGAUUGGCACUACUUUAAAUCUACAAUACUCUGAGGUAUAAUUGUUUGUGAUGUCAUACAGUUGCCGGCGCCGCGCGCGCAGCACUCGCUAUGACAGUUCUUUGACUUGUCCGUCUUCUGGCGCCCUCUUCCAAGAAGGGCGGCGGCCACUCAUACGUAACUUUAUAAUUACAUUAUAAUAAGUGUAAUUCCUUAGUGUUUUUCAUUGCCAUUGGUUACCAAAAAUGACAGGAUUUUUAUUGAAACAAUUGUGAAUAUAUUUUAGAAAGAAUACUCUCGUUAGAAAAUUGUGAAACCAAUUUUGAAUAACGAUACUUGCACAUCGAAUUGUUGAAUCGUUCCUCAUGUUACGAGUUAUUCAAAAUUGUUUCUCUAAUUGUCUAAUGUAAGUUAAAUAAUUGUAAUAUAUUAUUGUUUAAGCUGUUGUGUCGAAAAUAACAAGAACAGGAAUAAUUUUGUGAAACAAUGGCACAAAGAAUGAACAUAAAUAUUAUAUAUAUUAUAGAAACAGAAAUGUGGCUAUAAGAGCAAUUUUUAUAAUAAAUAUUUACUGUUGAAGAA